AGUUCUCCAUUCGCUCUGUAUAGAUUAUUUGGCUGCUCUGGCUGGUGUUCAGGGACUGUGUGUUUGAGAAGAUGUGUGAUUACUUCUGAUAAAGCGGCCUGGAGGUUUUUUUUCCGACGGACCUCCUGAUAAGGCCAAUCGCGAAGACACCGUGGAACAGUCGUUGGUGAAAUUUAGGCGAGGAAAGUCACACAAAAUGCUGGCUCUUGUGCUGAUUCUGCAGAGUAUCGCUGUGCUCCUGGUGUUGUUCAGCUUGUCACACCUUCUGCGUGUCCUCACGAAGAACUACCGCCUAGCCAAAACCCUCAAUGUGCCCGGACCGCAGCCGAUUUGGCCCAUUUUGGGCAACAUGGGUGCCGUGCAGUUCAAGGAUGCCGUGGAGAUCUUCAAUCUGGCUCGGGAUUUGGCUGUGCAGUACAAUUAUCGCUCGUACAAGUUCUGGGGCUUCGGACAGUUGCACAUGAACAUCAUAAAUUGUCGCGAUGUGGAGACAAUCAUGUCGUCGUCGAAGCACAGCGACAAGAACUUCCUCUACUACUUCCUGCAUCCCUUUCUGGGCACGGGAUUGCUCACGGCGAAUGGGAAGAAGUGGCAACAGAGGCGACGGAUACUCACGCCCACCUUCCACUUCAACAUCCUGAAGGAGUUCCUGGCAAUCUUUCACGAGGAGUGCGAGAAGUUCAUCGAUUUGCUGAAAGUGGAGACAAAAAAAGGCGAUGGCACAAAUCUUCCCCCUCUCACCAGUCACUUAACACUCAACACCGUUUGUGAGACUGCGAUGGGAGUGAAGCUGGAGACUUACACUGGCUCCAAGGAGUACCGAAGCUCGAUUCGGAGCAUUGGAGAACUCUUGCUGCACCGAUUCCUGCGGCCGUGGCUGUAUAAUGAGACUCUGUACGCGUUGAGCGGUUACAGGCGGAAGCUAAAUGCUCAUCUGGUGCCUGUCCAUGCCUUCACCAGGAUGAUUAUCAAGCAGCGGCGCGUGCAGUUUCUGGAGACGGGAAAAGUGCCCGUUCUGGAUGAGAAUGAGAACAUUUAUGAGACGAAGAAGAAGCGAUAUGCCAUGCUGGACACUCUUCUGGCGGCCGAAGCAGAUGGAUUGAUCGAUGCUGAGGGAAUUCGUGAGGAAGUGGACACUUUCACCUUUGAGGGUCACGAUACAACUUCAGCUGCUCUCACGUUCAUCUUCUUCCUGCUGGCGCACCAUCCGGAGGUGCAGGAGAAGGUGUAUGAGGAGAUAAUGAUGGCCAUGGAGGUGAAUUGUGGUCAGUCUCUGGCCACAAAUGAGCUCAACGAACUCGAGUUCACCAACAGAGUGAUCAAGGAGUGUCUGAGACUCUAUCCGCCCGUGCCAUUCAUCACGCGCUCAGUGACGGAAGACAUGAAAGUCGACAAUGAGACAAUUCCCGAGGGUUCCAUUGCUCACAUUCACAUUUUCGAUCUGCACCGCGAUCCUGAGCAGUUUCCCGAUCCCGAGCGCUUCGAUCCGGAUCGCUUUCUGCCUGAGAAUGUGGAGAAGAGGCAUCCCUUUGCCUAUGUUCCCUUCAGCGCCGGUCCGCGGAAUUGCAUUGGGCAGAAGUUUGCGCUGCUGGAGAUCAAGGCUGUCCUGCAGCACGUCCUUAUGGCAUUCAAGCUUUCGCCUGUGACGACGCGCGAGGAGAUUGAGUUUGUGGGCGAUAUAAUUUUGCGCGCGAAAACACCGAUAAAAGUGAGAUUCCAUCUGAGAUAGAUUCCAGAGGUCGGAGUCAAGGCUUUGGAGUAUUUUGAUAAGAUGAAUCAAUUCGGCUGAGUUUUAUACACUGAAUUCACACAGACGAGAAGAUUAAUAAAGCAAAAAAGUGGUCAAAUUAUGUAUUUUUUCGUUUGGUUAUUUAGAUCGAAGUUGAGCAAACGUGAUAAAUUGUACUUAUUGUAGAGAUUAUUGCUUUGAUAUCAGUGAUUCAUGUUUGCAUAGAGACAACAUGCCAUCGAAAGAUCAAUGUUUGAAUUCCAGAUG